AUGAAUGGCAUCGGAGAAGAAGGAGGGCAGGCCUUGGCGAAAGCCCUGGAAGAGAACUCCAAGCUCCAGAAGCUGCAAAUGCCCUUCAAUCAGCUCGGAGACGCCGGAGGGAAGGCCCUGGCGUGCGCGCUCAAGUCUAACAAAAGCCUCCUUGUGCUCGAAGUCAGCAGCAACGGUCUUGGAGCCGACGGAGGGCAGGCCUUUGCCGAAGUCAUGGAGUGCUCCGCUCUCCAGACGCUGGACAUGAGCGACAACCAGCUCGGAGGUGUUGGAGGGAAGGCCUUUGCAGAGGGGCUUGAGGGCAACGUCACACUGCAGAAGCUUGUCCUGGCCAACAACCAGCUGGGAGUCGCCGGAGCGCAGGCCCUGGCAAAUGGGCUCAAGACGAACAAAGCCCUUCUCGAGCUCCGAGUCGACAGCAACAGCAUCGGAGCAGAAGAGGGGGCAGGCCUUUGGCGGAGAACUCCACACUCCAGAAGCUGGUCCUGGAAAACAACCAGCUCGGAGAUGCUGGGGGGAAGCCUCCUCGAGCUCUACGUCAACAGCAACGGCAUUGGCGCUGAAGGAGGGCAGGCCCUGGCAAACGCACUCAAGCCCAGCAAAUGCCUCCUCGAGCUCUCAUGA